AUGUUGAUUGCCAUGAUGGGUAAUACGUAUACGAAAAUUGCUGAGACUAAGAAUGAAUGGCAACGUCAAUGGGCUAGAAUAGUUCUUGUUGUUGAAAGAGGAGUUCCACCUCACGAUCGUUUAAAGAAGUUCAAUGAUUACACACAAAAAAUGGCUGACGGUAGAGCUGCACUUAUAUUGAGAUUGAACAUGACGGAUGAUGAAAAAACAGAAAUGAAGGACAUUUUAGAAAUGAAGCGCAUUCAUGAAAGGAUGUCAAAGAAACGACAAGUCGAACGUGAAGCCCGAUUGAAUAAGUUAGAACUUGAUCGACAACAUGGAUUAGAGAUGAAAGCAAAAGAAAAGCGUUAUUCAAAUGCACAAAAGUUGGAGAAUGCAUUCGAGAAUAAAUGUGAAUUACCUAGAUGUGUACGCUAUAAGUUGAGAGAAGAAGAAAGUGGUACUAACAAGGUAGAUAUGGGAAUGAAAAUGUAUCAACAUAAUUUAGAAAGAUAA